UGAUUGGGCACCAUAUAAAGCAGUGUCAAACUGGAUUAUUUCUGCAGUGUGUUUUGGCCUUCUGUUAGCUAAGGUUUCUAUAAGUGGCUCAUUUGAGUACCAUAGGUCUUUUCCUGUGCACUAGAGUCAGACAAAACUCAAAAGCAAAAGAGGCAAUAGUUUUCAAAAUGCAGUUGUGCUAAGUGAACAUCACACCAGUUCUUGAAAGAUUAUUGGUAUCCUGACUUCUUGGAAUAGAAUGUCUGACAACAGACAGCAAGAUGACACCUGCCAGUUUUUAUUGAACCUAUCAGUUGGCUGGUAUUGCAAUCCUAUUUAUAAUGUGGAUGGAGGCCAUGAUGGAGGAACAAGAGAUACUGUUUGAAGAACAUUUGGAAAGAGCAAAAGCUGGAGACCCUAAAGCACAGACAGAGGUGGGAAGAUGCUACUUGAAAUUAGCAGAAGACCAGGAUGAAGAGCUGAACAACUGCACUGGAGUUGAGUGGUUGAUCCUUGCUGCGAAGCAAGGUCGAACAGAAGCUGUUAAACUGCUGCGGAAAUGUUUAGCAGAAAGAAGAGGCAUCACCUCAGAGAAUGAGGAAGAAGUGAAGAAAUUAUCAUCAGAGACUGAAUUGGAAAGAGCUGUGAGGAAAGCUGCCUUAAUCAUGUAUUGGAAAUUAAAUCCAAAAAAGAAAAAGCAGUUAGCUGUUUCAGAACUACUAGAAAAUGUUGGGCAUGUUGAUAGUGAAGACAGUGAGAAGCCACCUGGUCCAGUUCCAAAGUCUGUUCAGAAACAAAGAAGAAUGCUAGAACGACUGGUGAGCAGUGAAUCUAAGAAGUAUAUUGCCUUGGAUGAUUUUGUUGAAAUUACCAAAAAGUUGACAAAGGGCAUCAUCCCAAGUACAUACCUGUGCAGGAAUGAUGAAGGCGAAUUGGCAGGGAAGAGUCAGAGGAGCUACCCACUUCGACUCAGGUAAAAACUGGAUGUCAUAAAGUAUCCACUUCAUGCCAUUAUGGAGAUCAAAGAGCACCUUAUAGAUGUCGCAUCUAAAGCAGGAAUGCACUGGCUGUCCACUAUUGUUCCAACACAUCACAUUAAUGCACUCAUAUUCUUCUUCAUCAUCAGUAAUCUGACAAUUGACUUCUUUGCUUUUUUUAUCCCAUUAGUGAUCUUCUAUCUUUCCUUUAUUUCCAUGGUGAUUUGCACCCUCAAAGUAUUCCAGGAUAGUAAAGCAUGGGAAAACUUCCGUACCCUCACUGACCUGCUGCUCCGUUUUGAACCCAACCUAGAUGUCGAGGAAGCAGAAGUGAACUUUGGCUGGAACCAUUUAGAACCGUACCUUUACUUCCUGAUUUCUGUGUUCUUUGUCAUUUUUUCCUUCCCUAUAGCAAGCAAGGACUGGAUACCAUGCUCAGAAUUGGCUACAAUCUCUGUUUUCUUCAUGGUGACAAGUUAUGUGAGUUUGGGCACAAGUGCUGAACCAUACACACGAAGAGCAUUAAUGACAGAGGUUGCUGCAGGUGCUUUCUCCUUGAUGAAAGUUGUUCCUUUAAACUUGGGACAUUUGAAACUGUUGUGGAAAACGUUUUACAGCAUCCCUAUUGGCCACUUCUUUGUGCUGAACAUGAGCAUCCCUUGCCUUUUGUUUUUGUAUUUGUUUUAUCUUUUCUUUAAAAUGGCACAAUUGCAGAAUUUUAAAGGUACAUACUGCUAUCUUGUUCCUUACUUAGUAUGUUUCAUGUGGUGUGAACUCUCAGUGGUUAUUUUACAAGAAUCAUCUGGCAUAGGUCUAAUUCGUGCCUCAGUUGGUUAUUUCUUGUUCCUGUUUGCACUUCCUAUUUUAGUAGUAGGCAUUGCACUGAUGUGUCUCAUCCACUUCAUAAAAUGGUUUGUAACACAAGACCUUGUGAAGAUUGUGGCCACUGUUGCGCUAUGUGCUAUUCCAUUGAUUUUCCAGUGGUGGACAAGGGCCAGAGUCUCUGUAGUUGAAAUUAUAAAAUCCCUAACAAAAAGCUCAAUUGUUAAACUUAUUCUGGUAUGGUUGACUGCCAUAGUCCUAUUCUGUUGGUUUUAUGUGUACCGCUCAGAGGGGAUGAAAGUGUACAACUCCACCUUGACAUGGAAUCAAUAUGGAUUUUUGUGUGGUCCACGGGCUUGGAAAUCUACUAAUAUGGCACGCACCCAGAUUUUAUGUAGCCAUCUGGAGGGCCAUAGAGUGACAUGGACUGGAAGGUUCAAAUAUGUUAGAGUAACUGACAUUGACAAUAGUGCAGAAUCAGCAAUAAACAUGCUUCCUUUGUUUGUUGGUGAUUGGUUAAGAUGCUUAUAUGGUGAAACCUAUCCACCAUGUGACCCAAAAAACAUUACCUUAGAAGAGGAAGAACUCUGCCAAUUAAAGUAUCUGACAAAAUAUAAUUGCCACAUUAAAAGAUUUGACCGCUAUAAAUUUGAAAUAACAGUGGGUAUGCCUUUCAAUAGUGUGAAUGGAAGCAAACCUAUAGAGGAGGAAGAUGUAACAAAAGACAUUGUGCUGAAAGCCAGCAAUGAGUUUAAGAAAGUCUUGCUGAAUUUGAGGCAAGGAAGCCUUAUUGAAUUUAGUACAAUUCUGGAAGGCCGUCUUGGCAGCAAAUGGCCUGUAUUUGAACUGAAAGCCAUUUCAUGCUUAAACUGCAUGUCUAAACUUUCUCCUGCAGGGAGACAUGUGAAAGUAGAGCACGACUGGAGAAGCACGGUUCAAAUUGCUCUCAAUUUUGUAUUUAAUUUUUUCUUCUCCCCUUUUUUGUCAGUUGCCUGUGGAGCUUGAAUUGAACUUGCAGUCAUAACCAAAGAUAUGGCUCAAAAGCAACCACACAGCAAUGUUUCAAAUGAAUAUCACUUGUGCUGAGUACUGUGUAUGGUACACAUGCAGUCUUAAAUUAUUCUUACACUGCAAAAAUAUGUUUUAAAAGUUGACUUUAUAUGCAUAUUACAGGCACAAACUGAGUUAUAGGGAAAAGGGUUCUCAUUAAACGAAAGAUAGUAAAAGCACUUUACUCCAGAUAAUUCAUCCUUCUACUAUUAUACCUCUACACUUACAAUUUUACAAUAUAAAGCUGACUUUGCAUGUAAUGGCAUGUUAAUAUCAUUUAUGCAGUGACCCACAGAGAAAAAAAUUAGCUGCACUAUGAUACUGGACAUUGGUGCAAUUUGGACAGUUCUUCUAAGAAAGACUUUAAUUUAGUCACUUUGUUGUUAGCUGCCUUCAAGUCAACUUCAACUUAUAGUGACACUUUGAAUGAGAGCCUCCAAUUGCCUGUCCUCAACUGCUCUGCUCAGGCCUUACAGACUUAGGGCUGUGAUUUCCCUAAUUGAGUUUAUUUACCUAGUAUGUGGCCUUCUCUCGACCUUACCAAUUGGUUAGGUAUAUAUUGGAAUUAUUUGGUUAUAAUUUCUGUUAGAAAAGCAACAGGUCUUAUUAGCUAAUCUAAAUGGCUGAUCUGUAGGAAUUGACUAUGGACAUCAGUACCUGGUGCAUGAUCUGUAUAAAUUCAAACAUAAAAUUAAACAAGAAUUCAAAACUUGUGGCAUAAA